CCUGCACACUUCACCCUGACAAGGCGCUGAGGCGGGGCCUCGUCUGCCAAUCUUUCUAGCCACACGCCACACAGGGAAUUCUCGUCUUCCCAUUGGUUGAGGGAGGCGGAGUGUCGAGCCACUCGAGCGACGGGCCCCGGCUAUAGGCGGAGCGGCGGCGGAAGGCGGGACUAGAGGCCCCAAACCUCAGGACCGGGUUUGCGACUUCAACCAAGGCUUCCUCCUUGCUCAUCCAAAUACCUCGGGGUUCCCGGACGGGCUCUGGGGGAUGAGAGAGUCUCUGUGUCCCUAAUAGUGAUUUAUUACUCCCACAAACCCAAGCCCCUAUCCCUGCCAAGUUGCCUGCGCCUCUCCGCUUCGCCCCAACCCCUAAUUGUCCCGCUGAGACUCGUGAAAACUACAACUCCCAGGGUGCAUCGCGCCAGAUCUGUACUCCGUGAAUCAGGUGGCUCGUGUCAGGUGACUUCUGACCCGCCCCACAGUAAGUCAAGCCGGCCCGGGGAAGCGGGCACAGUCUGAGGAGACUCCUGCGUCCCUUGUGGUGCGUCCCCUGAGCCUGGAGGAUCUCAGGAGAUCCAGGGAGUUCCAGAUUCCAGAAACCUGGUGAGUGGAGCUGCCACAGGAGACUCCUGACUCCAAGUUGAAGCAGUUCUUUGAAAUCAAGGAACAUGAUAAGGAGGUGGCUGGUUAUUUUUAUCCUUUUGCCCCUGAAGCUCAUAGAGAAAUGUGAGUCGACUGUCAGCUUCACUGUUCCUCCCACCGUGAAGCUGGAAAAUGGAAGCUCAGCCAGCAUCAGCAUCUCCCUUCCGCGUCCUUUAAAUGCCACCUUGGUGAUCACUUUUGAAAUCACAUUUCGUUCAAAAAACGUUACUAUCCUUCAGCUCCCUGAUGAAGUGGUAGUGCCUCCCGGAGUGACAAAUGCCUCUUUUCGCGUGACGUCUCAGAAUGUUGGACAAGUUACCGUCUAUCUGCAUGGAAAUCAUUCCAACCAGACCAGCCCCAGGAUCCGCUUCGCCGUGAUCCACAGCAACGUUGUAAGCAUCAUCAACCAGGUGAUUGGCUGGAUCUACUUUGUGGCCUGGUCCAUCUCCUUCUAUCCUCAGGUGAUCACGAACUGGAGGCGGAAAAGUGUCAUUGGUCUGAGCUUCGACUUCGUGGCCCUGAACUUGAUGGGCUUCGUAGCCUACAGUGUGUUCAACAUCGGCCUCCUCUGGGUGCCCUCCAUCAAGGAGCAGUUUCUCCUCAAAUACCCCAACGGCGUGAACCCUGUGGAGAGCAAUGACGUCUUCUUCAGCCUGCACGCCGUCGCCCUCACGCUGGUUGUCACAGUGCAGUGCUUCCUGUACGAGCGAGGGAGCCAGCGCGUGUCCUGGCCUGCCAUCGGUUUCCUCAUGCUCUCCUGGCUCUUCACGUUCAUCGCCCUGAUCAUGGCCGCAGUCGGGGCCACCACGUGGCUGCAGUUUCUCUUCUGCUUCUCCUACAUCAAGCUGGCGGUGACGCUGGUCAAGUAUUUUCCGCAGGCCUACAUGAACUUUCGGUACAAAAGCACUGAGGGCUGGAGCAUUGGCAACGUGCUUCUGGACUUCACCGGGGGCAGCUUCAGCCUCCUCCAGAUGUUCCUCCAGUCCUACAACAAUGACCAAUGGACGCUGAUCUUUGGAGACCCAACCAAAUUUGGACUCGGCAUCUUCUCCAUCUUUUUCGAUAUUGUGUUCUUCAUCCAGCACUACUGCUUGUACAGAAAGAAACCAGGGCUUCAGGCAGCACACACAGGUCCUGGCAGCCGUCCCAGGCAGGACUGAACAUUGAGCUUGGAGCAGACAGCCUUGCCCCAAGCAACCGGUGUUUCUGGGAGCAGCUUGAAGGACUGACCUUGCAGCUGGGAGAGCCAGGUGUGCUCUGCUGCCACUGCUGAGUUCAGAGACCAAGCAGCCAGGUGCUGUGGCCGAUAGACCCAGAGGUGCUGGUGCUGGUGGCGGAGGGGCUAGGACCUUGGGGUAGAACUUGGGGGCCCUUCUCUGAGCACUCACCACCCUGACACUCACUCAUGCUAUGUAACUCCACUUUCACGAGUGCAAUCACAGGUGGCCCAGGCCAGGGUCUGGUAAAGAAACAGUAUUUCCAAGCCUUAAGGUGCCCACCAGAUUGGUUUGGAACCGGUCUCGCAUCCAACACCCUCUGGAUCUCCAUCACACUAACGACCCCUUUUGGAUUUUUCAGAGGGACGCUUUUGAAGUAAGUGGCUUACAGCCUUACUGCUUUCUGCCUACCUCCAGUUUCCCAGCGUCAGGCCCCACGUCAGCCCCUCUAACUGCUCCUUACCCUGGGUCUGCUCGGAGUGCAGGGGACAGACGCACACAUGCACGCACACACACCAGUCUGUGCCUUAGAGGCCUGUUAGACCUGCCGGGUGGUGAGAGUAGCUCUCCUGAAGGGGAGGGCAGGCCCCCUUCCCUCACUUUCCCCAGACCCCUACCUGAGACUCACCAAUUUGUGGCUGUUCCGAAGCUUCAGAUAAGGACUUAAGACCACCUCACAUAAUCUUCAUGGACCCAGUCUGAUCCCAAAGCCCUUCCCUUCCCACCAAUCAGGUGUCCAUCCUGUGGCAGGAGGGGAGGGUCCCAGGACGUGCCUUGUACGUGCCUUGAGUUUGUCAAUCCACUCUCAAGAUUUGUUUACCAAGAGAAUAACAAGAGGCUUAUGUCCUUAAUUAAACCUGAUUCCUUUCCUCUCUGCACACUGAGCGUUUGCCAGAUGCAGGAGGCAAGCGUGUUGGCUUCAGAACCAAGUCCCUGGGGCUCAGGGAGACGGCCUCACUCACUCCAUGUAAGAAAACGUGUGGGGUUGCCAAGUUCGCUGCUCCCAAGGUGGCCGUGUGCCGACCCGGCACUUCAUCAGGAGAGCCCUGUUGGGUGGCACAAGACACCUACCUGCUUAGGGCCAGGUAGGUCCCACAGGUACCAUGUCUGCAUUACCAAAGGCACAGCACUCAGGCUGCAGUUGUGAGCACAGGUUGGAUGAGGCCUUUAAGGGCAUGUGGUGGAGGAGGGUCUUCCAGAUUCUUCCUCUGUCCAGGUAUCAAUUAGGAUCUCCUUUCCCUAAAGCAGAGACUGCAGCCUGACCAAACCUACACACCUGUUUUAUUUGGGCCACCCAGUGGGUGACGGUAUCACACGUUAGAGAUGGGAAGUUACAAGAUCUGACUUGGCGGUGCAAGGUGGGUCACGAGCGGCA